AUGAACCCAGAAGUUGCCUUUCGUUGAACUAUUGCGCAUGCGUGUUUCGUGUCGGCCCCGUCGCUCCGCCAUCUUUGUCGGCUACCCCAUUGUUCACCGUGGAGAUAACAGCGGCGCUAAAUCAGUUCAUACUGCGCAAUAAAAUAACUUGACGGUGUCACAGGCAGCUGCCCGCGACAGUCGUGGAUUUGCUCUCAGGGUUGCGACUUGUUCUCGGCCAGCAAGUUAAACAGAAUGGACGAUGACCAGCCCAAAACCCUGUAUGUGGGGAAUCUGUCCCGGGACGUAACAGAGGCCCUCAUCUUGGAGUUGUUUGGCCAGAUUGGACCCUGCAAGAGCUGUAAAAUGAUAGUAGAUACAGCAGGUCAUGAUCCGUACUGCUUUGUGGAGUUCUAUGAGCAUAGACAUGCCACUGCCACAAUCGCAGCCAUGAAUGGUCGGAAAAUACUGGGUAAGGAGGUCAAGGUCAACUGGGCCACGACGCCAACCAGCCAAAAGAAAGACACAAGCAGUCACUUCCAUGUCUUUGUUGGAGAUCUAAGUCCUGAAAUCACCACAGAUGACAUAAAAGCAGCUUUUGCUCCAUUUGGGAAAAUAUCGGAUUGUCGAGUGGUGAAAGACAUGGCCACAGGUAAAUCUAAAGGCUAUGGCUUUGUCUCCUUCUUCAACAAAUGGGAUGCAGAGAACGCCAUACAGCAGAUGGGAGGACAGUGGUUGGGAGGCAGGCAGAUCAGGACUAACUGGGCCACGAGGAAGCCUGCUCCUAAAACUACGAAUGAGACGACCAACACCAAGCAGCUGUCUUUUGAUGAGGUGGUGAACCAGUCCAGCCCCAGCAACUGCACCGUCUACUGUGGAGGAGUCACAACAGGUCUCACAGAGCAAAUUAUGAGACAGACCUUCUCACCUUUCGGCCAAAUAAUGGAAAUCCGUGUUUUCCCAGACAAAGGCUACUCAUUUGUGAGAUUCAACUCCCACGAAGCGGCAGCUCAUGCCAUCGUUUCUGUGAACGGCACAUCCAUAGAGGGCUAUGUUGUCAAGUGUUACUGGGGCAAAGAAACAACAGACAUGGUUAGCCCCAUUCAGCAGGUACAGAUGCCACAGCAGAACACGGUGAGCUUCGCAGCGCAGCCCUACAGUCAGUGGGGUCAGUGGUACAGCAACACGCAGCAGAUUGGUCAGUAUGUGCCCAAUGGAUGGCAGGUGCCGAGCUAUGGAGUCUACGGACAGACCUGGGAUCAGCAGGGCUACAAUCAUUUACAUGCCGGUGCCGGAUGGACAGGAGUGGGCGCCGUGAGCAACGGAGGGAUGGUGGAGCCCGGGCAGGGAGUCAACGGGACGAUGCUAACCAACCAGGCUGGCAUGAGCACCGCCGGCUACCACACCCACUGAUCACUGAUCAUAGUAGUCCUCUCUCUUAAGCCUCUGAGGUCACAAGGAUGAUACUCUGCUGGAGAAGGAGUGCAUUAGAUGUGCUCUCUCUUGUCUGUUACCACACAAAGUUAUUCUCUGUUAGGCUGGUACGCCAUUUUAUCAGCCUCACCAGCCCAUAACCUCACCCACUGCCCAAAUCUGCAAGUGUAACAAAAACUAUCCACUCCAGAACACGUAAACACUGUUACUACAGCUGUCGCAAAUGCACCGUGCAUUCCUGGGCCCAUUUUAUUAUUUGGUGUAUUUUUCUAAUGCCUGCAGAUAACUGGCCAAAUGUAAAUUAUAAAACAUGGAGAUAUUUCUAGCACAGCCACGGUUUAGUUUAAAAGGAAGAAACUCAUUUAAUCUAUAGUAAGACACAAGGUUUUGUUUGUUUUCAGCCCCUCAGAGCCAAAGAGCAAGGGCAGAGUUUUAUACCAAUGUUAAACAAUCAUACAGGGAGGAGAGGCGAGCAACUUUGCCACAACAGAUACUCAAUAGUCCAUUGUAAUGCAACGCAGCCACAAGACGUGUUGAGUGCGGGGUGUGAUUUUUAUUUUAAAUGUUUUCUAAAUUGGAACAUCUCGCUCUCACUGUUGGUCUGUCCACCUGUUACUAAAGUGAAAACACAAGUCCAAGCAAGUUCUCAGGGUGUUGUAAAGUCAUUCUGUGAAAUGUAGGGAAUCACUGAGUAGAGCUAGGCAGGUUGAGGGAAAGCAGAUACCACAAAACAAGUAAAAAAAAUAUAUAUAUAUAUAUAUAUAUCAGCGUUCCUUCACUUCAUCUCCCUGAACGGACUGAACAGACUGAGAGUCCAGUCUGCGGAAAACGAAAAUGUGUGUGUGCUUACGUGUGUGCAUGAACUGAUGCUUUUACACACAAGACAAUGUCCAGUUCAUCUUCCCCCUGAAACAGAAAGGACUACGCCACCUUGUUUUGCUACAAAUAUAAUAGACAAAGUGUCAGUUUCUUUUUCUUUCUUUCUUUUUUUUUUGUUUUUUUUUUGUUUUGUUUUGUUUUUUUUUUGUUUUGAGCAACUUUAAAAUGGUGACAUUGUAUAAAGAGCUUUUUUUUUUGCCUUUUUGUUGUUUCAUUUCGGGACUGUCUUAAAAAGAAAUGUUGCAGUGACACCAUUGAAUCAUGUGACGCGUGAAUCCUUUUAUGUUUGUUUAUAAAGCAUUAAGUGGCUGUCAACUGUCAACUUUAUUUUUUAAAUUAGAUUUUCAAUAUCUCAAAUAAAUCGAUUGCAGGGAUUACUGCCACUCUUAUCUUACUUAUAGGCAGACGAAUAUUGCACAAUUACUUAAGGUUAUCUUUUCACAAAAUUUGAAAUACUAGGGUUUUUUUUUUUUUUUUAUGUUUUUGCAUUCCACCUUAUUUUGUAAUUUCAUUUGGAAGUCUGUUUUUAUGUAAAUAACCAAACAGUCUGUUCAAUUGUACUGAAUCUGUAUAAAGACAACAUGUUAAUAAAGGAAGCGAGCUUGCUUCUGGUUGGAGAAAUGGAUUCCAGAAACAGCUGUUUGACAGUAGCAUCCCUGUCCAGUGCUGGUCUGUGUACAGUAGAGACAGUGCAACAUUUGAUUCUUCCAGAGGCACGGAGGACAAGCAGCAUUGCUAUGCAAUGCAAAAGCCUUUAGAUCGACAAGUAUUACAUAAUAUAUUCUGUUUUAAACCUAAAUGACGAUUGUUUUUUUUGUUUUUUUUUUGUAGAUUAAGAAACAACCUUAUAAGGAUCAGAUUUUUGCACUGUGGCCACCAUUAUUUUAAUAUAGUUGAAAAAUCCAUUGUGUUGCCUUAUUAUCAGUGAGUUACUUUUAAUUUAACCAAAAAUCAUCCAAGAGUAGGCGGUGCCUAAGAAUGUUUUCAACCUAUGUUUUGGCGAGGGAAGUUCUGUUGAUGCUUCAGUAUCAUGGUUUGUGUUUUUGCUUUGUCCCAUUAAAAUGCUGAUGCUUAAAACA